AUGAGAAGCCUGCUUAUUCUUCUGGUUACCGUCGUUGCGCUUUGUUGCUGUGAAGAUGAAGAAAUUGGUUUGAAAACGCCUGAGAUUAUAUCGCACUGGGGUUAUCCGGUACAGACAAUACCAGUUACCACUUCUGAUGGUUACAUACUAACAAUACACCGUAUUCCCCAUGGAAAACAAGGUUUUAAUCCGUUUUCCAAACGUCCUGUGGUAUUCUUACAACACGGUUUGGAAUGUUCCAGCUCAAAUUUUAUCACAAUGCUCCCAAAUAAAGCUUUAGGCUUCAUGCUUGCUGACGCUGGAUUUGACGUUUGGAUGGGUAACGUCAGGGGCAACUUGUAUUCAAAAGCGCAUACCACUCUGGAUCCUUCAGGCCACAAAUUCUGGCAAUUCACUUGGGAGGAUAUGGCAAAAGCCGAUACCACGGCAAUGAUCGACAAAGCGCUUCAGACGACCAACCAGACAUCGCUAUAUUACAUCGGACACUCGCAAGGGACGCUGACAAUGUUCGUAAAAUUAGCGUCAGAGCCAGACUUUGCACCAAAAAUCAAAAAGUUCUUCGCUUUGGCUCCCGUUGCUUCAGUAGAACAUUUGGGAGGUAUGGUCGGCCUAAUUGCGAAAGAUUUUUACUUUGUUUUUGAGUUACUAGAAUACUAUCUAGGAGAAGACCAGUUCUUCCCAGAUAGCAAGUUUAUGCAAAUUAUUGAGGAACUAAUAUGCACAAAUCCAGUAACAGAAAACAUUUGUGACAAUGUGCUGUUCCUUAUUUGCGGCCCCGAAAGUAAUCAGUUUAACACGUCUCGUGUGCCAGUUUAUAUAACCGAUUUACCCAGUGGAACGUCCACAUUGAAUAUCAUUCACUGGGCGCAGAUGGUCAGAAGCAAAAAACUGCAGUCAUUUGACUACGAAGAUGACAAUAUAAAUAUACAGCACUACGGAAAUAAAACUCCUCCAGUUUAUGAUCUUACAAAAAUUAAUGUAGACACCUAUCUCUACUAUGGCGACAAAGAUAUUUUAGGCGACGUUGCCGACAUUGAAGGAUUCUUAUUCCGUUCAUUAAAUCCAAAGAUUCUGAAGGCAAAAGUGCGUUUGGCUGACUUUAAUCACCUUGAUUUUGUCUGGGGCGAGCGAGCGGCAAAAGAAGUAUACAAACCAAUAAUCAACACAAUUCUUGCCGAUCUGAAAUAA